AUGGCGAAAAUAUUUGACGAUGCCAAGACUUUUGUUGAUAUGCGAAUGAAGUACGACGUGGCGGAUAUUGAAAGGAAUUUCAUUGCUCUGGGAGUUAAACCAUCUGAAGAACAACUCAAGAAAUUUGUGGCAGAGAAUUUCAGCCCGGCUGGGCAUGACUUAGAGCCAUUCAUUCCCGAAGAUUGGGUGGAAAAACCCGAACGUUUGAAUAAAAUUCGGGACGGGAGAUUGCGACAGUGGUCGUUCAGGCUGAAUAAACUUUGGAAAGACCUUUGUAGGAAUAUCACGAGAGAAGCACGUGGACAAAGUAAGCGGUCUUCACUAAUAGUCGUCCAGAAUCCUUUCAUUGUUCCCGGGGGGAGAUUUCGUGAAUAUUACUACUGGGACUCGUACUGGAUAUUACAUGGAGUAUUGACCUGUGGAAUGUAUGAUACCGCUAAAGGAAUGAUUACCAAUUACCUCGAUCUCGUGCGUCGCUAUGGUUUCAUACCAAAUGGUGGGAGAAUUUACUAUUUGAACAGAAGUCAGCCACCAUUCCUGAUUCAGAUGGUCGACUUGUACUACAGUUACACUAAAGACCUACAAUUCGUGCUUACCAAUUUGGAAGUUCUUGAAAAUGAGUAUAAUUUCUGGGAAAAAUAUCGCAGUGUUACUCUGAAAGUGUCGGGAAAGCCUCACAGUUUUGCAAUUUACAAAGCCACCAUGACGACCCCCGGCCAGAGUCGUACUGGCAUGAUUACGAGGUAGCUGAGAGAUUUAGUGACCAACACAUGAAGUCUAGGUUCUACCAAGCUGUGGCGUCUGCAGCAGAGAGCGGCUGGGACUUCUCUAGUCGUUGGUUUAACCAAUCAGGUGCCAGCUCUUUCAAAGUUUUUCAAAUUAACUGGCAGCCAAACAAAAUCGACGAAAUAUCAGGAAUUAGCCAAUCAUAGAAAGCUUGCAAUCGAGGCUCUGCUUUGGAACGAGGCUGCUGGAGCCUGGGCCGAUUAUGACGUCUCAAAGCAAAGCAAUACUAAAGCUUUUUACGCAUCAAUCGUCGUCCCGCUUUGGGCAGGUCUCGCGCGAGAAAAUAAAACACGCGAGGAACUUGUGUUCGCGAACAUGAAACGCGCAAAGGUUUUAGAUUUUCCAGGAGGCUUGCCCACAUCUUUGAACCAGUCGGGCCAGCAGUGGGAUUUCCCAAAUGGGUGGCCCCCCUUGCAACAUAUGCUCAUCAUUGGUCUCACCAAGUCCAAUUCAAUAUUGCUCCAAAACGAGGCUAAGAAAUUUGCUCAGUCCUGGGUUCUAAGCAACUGGAUGGGGUUUAAACGGACCGGUUAUAUGUUUGAGAAAUAUAACGUGACGUCUGAGGGGAACACGGGACAAGGGGGUGAAUACAAGCCACAGAUUGGAUUUGGAUGGACUAAUGGGGUCAUUUUGGAUUUAUUGGUCAGGUUCCCGGAUCUCAAGGUCAGUGUGACCAGAUUUGGUAAAAAGUUUUACUUUUGGUAAAAUUUCGUGAAUUUUCAAAAAAAUUUGGUAAUGUCUUUUGGUAAAAUCUAAAAGUUUUAAUUAUUAAUAAUCAUUUUGGUAAAAAUGUGUGUUUCUUGUUUAAUAACGUGUUCAAAGUGAUGAACAGAACUGCCAAGCCUAAGAAAUAAAGCCUUAUCAUUAGCAAAAAUUGCAAUACGUAUUUCGAGAUACCUUUUUGGGCAUAUUUUUUCUACUUUGAUGACGCAGCUAUUGUUUUUGGCAUUAUAAUGACCUAAAUGACGUAAUUAUUUGUGAAGCCGACAUUUGGUAAAAUGUUUCUUAAUUUAGUAAAUUUGAACAAAAUUUUGUCAUUAGACUACUGAAAAAAUCUGGUCACACUGAUCAAGGUUGAAAUUGAAAACAAUGCUGUCGCCCUUGGUGUAUCCGUGCUUCCUUGUUUGUUGUUGAUCAGCUUGGCUGGAGUUUUUAAUUGAUCUUUAACUUGAUAUGGAUGGUGGAAUUUGAUUGUCACCAAAUACAAUACUACAAUACUGUCAAUGGACCAUUCCCCAAUUAACCAAAAUUUUGAUUUCAACAAGUCUAGACAAAAUACCAUCAUAGUUUGAAAGAGCAUCGCAAAAUUAGUAAUAUUCCAAAGUUUCGUUGCGAAAUGUUGUAAAAUGCGGAUAAUAUAGCCUUGCGAAGCUUGUAAUUUUCAGUCAUUUUGUAUUACGUACAGAAGUGGUAAUUACCAUUUCCCGUUUGUAAUCUAAAAUGACUGAAAAUUGCAAAUUUCGCAAGGCUAUAUUAUUCGCAUUUUACAACAUUUCGCAACGAAACUUUGGAAUAUUACUAAUUUUGUGAUGCUCUUUCAAGCUGUGAUGAAAUUUUUGUCUAAACUUGUUGAGUUCAAAAUUUUGGUUAAUUGGGGAAUGGUCCAUAGAGACAUAUAUUGAUAACAACAGGUUGACCACCAUCUGCUGCACGAUAGUGCUUAGUGAAACACAGCUGUUGAACGUUUAUAAAGUGAAUAAAAUUGAAUCAUAAUUGCCUAAUAUUAUCCAAUAAUAAAAAGUGAACUUAUGUAUAAUAAAUAAUAAUUUUUCAAUGUAGAAUACAUUGUGUUUUUGAUUAUAGUUUGCAAGUUGUCUAUCCAAUUAAAUUAUUGUCGAUUUCAUGUCACUUUUCAACGCGCAGUUUCCAAGUUCGUUGCGAACUUGCCAAUUAAGAGAUGAUCCUUACUGGACCUCUAGGGAGAACAGUUUAGAACUGAUAGAGCUAUCCAGUAUAAAUAAAGUUAGUUUAGUUUAGGUUUCCUCCUGUAGUACUCACACUGGAUCAAUAAGAGAUGAUCCUUACUGGACCUCUAGGAAGAACAGUUUAGAACUGAUAGAGCUAUCCAGUAUAAAUAAAGUUAGUUUAGUUUAAGUUUCCUCCUGGGGCCGGUUGUUCAAAGGUGGGUUAAUGCUAACCCUGGGUUAAAAUUUAACCUGCUGUUUUAGUUUGUGUACUUCUACACAUCUGUGUAUUUCAAAACUUCAGAGAAGUAAACUCCUAUCGAUCCAGACAAGAUCUCCGAAGAAAUAUUUCCAAAUUUAUAGAAAAGCUGUCAGGAAGUUCGCUUCAAAUUUUAGGUUAAUCUAGGGUUAAACUAACCCAGCUUUGAACAACCGGCCCCUGUUGUAACACUGGAUCAAUAAGAGAUGAUCCUUACUGCACCUCUAUAGGGUGAACAGUUUAGAACUGAUAGAGCUAUCGAGUAUAAAUAAAGUUAGUUUAGUGUUGGUUUCCUUCUGUAGUAUCACUGGAUCAAUAAGAGAUGAUCUUUACUGGUCCUCUAGGAAGAACAGUUUAGAACUGAUAGAGCUAUCCAGUAGAAAUAAAGUUAGUUUAGUUAAAUUAAAGAGAUGAUUCUCACUGGACCUCCAGAAUGUUAGGGUUUGUAAUCCAAGUGAGUAUAUAUACAUUUUAAGACCUGACCAGGAACGACUGCGAAGAAUGCAGCACAAGGUCCUCGGCUGUGUGCUGCAUUUUUCGCAGCCGUUCCUGGUCAUGAUCAAGUCUUAAAAUGUAUAUAUACUCACUUGGAUUACAAACCCUAACAUUCUAAUAUUAAUUCCACCAAGUGAAGUGCAAGAAACCAAAUCAUUGAAGUUUUCAUAAAAGGCGUACAGAAGUGUAGCCAGGGGCCUGUGUUUGUAGUAUAUUUAUUUACUUUUAUUAUAUAGUAGAGAGUGAGAUACUGAGAAAUACACAGUGACAUAUUUUCCAUAUCUUCACUAGUGAAGAUAUCGAUCACGUGACUUUUAGUAUUUAUACAAUUUUUUGCUUGCGACUAUAUAAUAAACAGAACAUUACACGGUGGCUUGAAGAUAUGACUUUUAUCUUCUUGUGUUAAAAACAAUAUUUUACUCACUCGCUGCGCUCGUUCGUAAAAUAUUGUUUUCACCACUCGAAGAUAAAAGUCAUAUCUUCGCGCCGCCGUGUAAUAUCCUCUAUGUAUUUCACGUUUUAAUGCCACAAUUCCCAAAAAAGAUCGGUGACCCCCGUUUUUUAACUGAUAAUGUAUUUCUUUAAUGCAUUUUACAUAUCAUAUCCGGAAUUAAAAGAAAUAUCAUUUCUGGAUCUUGAAAAAAAAUCCUUUAUCAAUGCAUGUUCUCAAAGAAAGAUAUGUAAAGAAAUGUGGAAAAGACAUUUGUGGAUCAGAAUUGUACACGUUAGUAGUUUCAUUUUUCUCAAAACACAAUAUUUUUUCAAAAAUAAUUACAAGAUAAAUUUACUAAAGCAAAACCCGAGCUAAAAACGUCAAUAAAUAUCGGGCUAUUCGGUGAUUUUGCUGUUACUCGUAAUGAGCGUCAAGAUGGAGCCACAUCAGGGCCUUUUUUAACAUACAAGCUGGGGGGGCAUUUGGCCCCCCCAGUCCCUCCUUGUGCCCCCCACGAAAUCACAUUUUGCCCCCCCAGGAAAAGUCCCUUUUUCCUAAAAUUAUAUAAACAAUCCAGCGAAGAUUAACAAAUAGAUAAACGGAAAGUAAGUUUUAGGCUUUAUCCUUUGUUCUUGUUUAACAAAAUUGAUUUAAAUUGUUACUUUUUUUACCACUAAGUAAUGAUAAAUUAUUGUUAAUAUUUUUUUUAUUUUUUGGAUGCUCAGAAUGCAGGAAAUAGCAUUUCACGGUUUCAAAUUUCAAAAAUUUUCUUGGGAUUAUCCCUCUAAUAAGUAAUGAUAAAUUACAGUUAAUAUUCUUUUUUACUUUUAAUUUUGUGCAUUUUCCAUCUUUUAUUUCAAAUACAACUAUAGUUAGCAUAGAUUUUAGAGCAAAUUUGGAUGCUCAGAAUGCAGGAAAUGGCAUUUCCGUGGUUCAAAUUUCAAAAAUUUUCUGGGGGAGUACACCCCCACACACCUGACCAUUGCUAUCCUCCUCUAAUAAGUAACGAUAAAUGAUGGUUAAUUUUUUUACUUUUUGUGCGUUUCUUCCUUUAUUUAUUUCAAAUACAAGUAUGGUUAGCCAGUUAGGAUAAAUUUUGGAGCAAAUUUGGAUGCUCAGACUGCAGGAAAUGACAUUUCCGGGAGUCAAAUUUCAAAAAUUUUCUGGGGGAGUACACCCCCAGACCCCCCAUUCAUGCGUGGUAUAUUUGCCACACACGUGGCUUUCAGCCAUUGCUAUCCCCCUCUAAAAUAUUAUCUCACAGAAAGGUUCCUUUUCAAAAAAUGCCCCCCCACGGGAAAAUCCUUAAAAAAGGCCCUGAGCCACAUUGGGGUAAAGGUGGUAUAUUGUGAUUGUUAUAUUUUCUUAACGAGUUCAGUGACCCCGACUUUUUUGUGUGAUUUUACUUUAAGUACAGGGACGCCGAAACGAUGUGAAGGCAAGGGGGGCAGAUUUUCGUGAAAGGGCACUUUUGAAUUGAUAUAUACUAAGAGAUGUUUGCAAAACAUCGGGAGUUGAACUUCGCCUAAUCAUGUUUUCUAUUUAUUGGAUGAUAGGGGUGUGAGGGGGUUCUCCGCCAGGCAAUUGUGCUAUUCUUGAAGCUCGAUGACUGCAUUUCUUGCGUUUUCUGAAGCAAAUACGUAAAAGAAUUUCUCUAACAUUUCUGACAAUUCGCUAUUUCGCCAAGGCAAUCCUUUAAAUUGAAAGGGCAUCUUUGCCCCCCGUGCCCCUCCUGGUAAAGGGCAACGGGGGCGGCUGCCCCUCCUGCCCCCCAGUUCCGGCGUCCCUGUUUAAGUAUAUCAUCGGACUCCAUGCCUGGGAAGUUUCAGCACAUUCUCAUUUCGGGAACAAUUACUGCGGAACUACCUUAAUUAAUAUGUAGUAGAAAUAUGCAAAUCAGUUUAAAACCAAACUUUUCUGCAACCCGGCCUUUCCCUGCGUUCAUACUGACGAAAUGAGGCCAGAUCUUCGCCAGUGCAAGACUUAGGAUCGAAAGGCUUGUGAAAUAGGACUGACAUGCUCUCUAUCAUGCAAACCUGCUAGGAAUUUACUUUGAUGACACAUUAUCUAGUGGCCUUUGCAUUAUUGUUUGGACUACCUACCGGGCAUUGCGAUUGAUGUGUUUCUACUAAUUGAAUAAGGUUGAAAGUACAGACGAUACUGAAAACAUAUGUCCAACAAAUUCGUCAAGGUUCAAAGGAACUAUGAAAAUUUCACAGAAAGCUGUAGCAGAUUAUAAGAAAGUCGCACAAAAGUAAUUCGUGGAAGACGUGUACAAGAAUUUAAUCCAGUUUCUCGGAAUUUAACAGUCGUAUUUCAGUCUUAGUAUUAAACCAGAUAACGUCAACGCCGUUUAUGUAAAAUAGGUAUGGCUAGACGCGAUAUUUUAUCAUAUUGUACGUUUCUUUUCGCGUUUCUUAGUGCAACCGGCACAAAUGAACGAUAUGCUUGCGACAACCGAAUUUUCUGUCAAGGAAAAAUACUUCAUUCUGUGCAGAUGGCGAAAAUAUUUGACGAUGCCAAGACUUUUGUUGAUAUGCGAAUGAAAUACGACGUGGCGGAUAUUGAAAGGAAUUUCAUUGCUCUGGGAGUUAAACCAUCUGAAGCACAACUCAAGAAAUUUGUGGCAGAGAAUUUCAGCCCGGCUGGGCAUGACUUAGAGCCAUUCAUUCCUGAAGAUUGGGUGGAAAAACCCGAACGUUUGAACAAAAUUCGGGACGGGAGAUUGCGACAGUGGUCGUUCACCUUGAAUAAACUUUGGAAAGACCUCGGUAGGAAUAUCACGAGCGAGGCACGUGGACAAAGUCAGCUGUCUUCACUAAUAGUCGUCCAGAAUCCUUUCAUUGUUCCCGGGGGGAGAUUUCGUGAAUAUUACUACUGGGACUCGUACUGGAUAUUACAUGGAGUAUUGACCUGUGGGAUGUAUGAUACCGCUAAAGGAAUGAUUACCAAUUACCUCGAUCUCGUGCGUCGCUAUGGUUUCAUACCAAAUGGUGGGAGAAUUUACUAUUUGAACAGAAGUCAGCCACCAUUCCUGAUUCAAAUGGUCGACUUGUACUAUAGUUACACCAAAGACUUACAAUUCGUGCUUAGCAAUUUGGAAAUUCUUGAAAAUGAGUAUAAUUUCUGGGGAAAAUAUCGCAGUGUUACUGUGAAAGUGUCAGGAAUGCCUCACAGUUUUGCAAUUUACAAAGCCAACAUGACGACCGCCCGGCCAGAGUCGUACUGGCAUGAUUACGAGGUAGCUGAAAGAUUCAGUAACCAACACAUGAAGUCGAGGUUCUACCAAGCUGUGGCGUCUGCAGCGGAGAGCGGCUGGGACUUCUCUAGUCGUUGGUUUAACCAAUCAGACGCCAGCAUUGGGAAAUUUGAAUCAAUACACACAACCGAAAUUAUUCCAAUUGAUCUUAAUUCAAUUUUGUUUAAAAACGCUCUGACACUUUCAAAGUUUUUCAAAUUAACUGGCAGCCAAACAAAAUCGAAGAAAUAUCAGGAAUUAGCCAAUCAUAGAAAGCUUGCAAUCGAGGCUCUGCUUUGGAACGAGGCUGCUGGGGCCUGGGCUGACUAUGAUGUCUCGACGCAGAGCAAUACUAAAGCUUUUUACGCAUCAAUCGUCGUCCCGCUUUGGGCUGGUCUCGCACGAGAAAAUAAAACACGCGAGGAACUUGUGUUCGCGAACAUGAAACGCGCAAAGGUUUUAGAUUUUCCAGGAGGCUUGCCCACAUCUUUGAACGAGUCGGGCCAGCAGUGGGAUUUCCCAAACGGGUGGCCCCCCUUGCAACACAUGCUCAUCAUUGGCCUCACCAAGUCCAGUUCAAUAUUGCUCCAAAACGAGGCUAAGAAAUUCGCGCAGUCCUGGGUUCUAAGCAACUGGAUGGGGUUUAACCGAACCAGUUAUAUGUUUGAGAAAUAUAACGUGACGUCUGAGGGGAACACAGGGCGAGGGGGUGAAUACAAACCACAGGUUGGAUUUGGAUGGACUAAUGGGGUCAUUCUGGAUUUAUUGGUCAGGUUCCCGGAUCUCAAGGUUGAAAACAAUGCUGUCGCCCUUGGUGUGUCCGUGUUUCCUUGCUUAUUGUUGAUCAGCUUGGCUGGAGUUUUUAAUUGA